GAAGCUCCAAUCACAUAGCGCCGUUUGCUCAGCCGGCUGCUGAUUGGCGGUCGCCAUGACGACGGACAUUGGCGGUCCAAGAUGGCGGCGCCCAGGAGGCCGUGCAGGGGCUCCCGCGCGCAUCCCGGGCCCUAGGGCGGCCGCGCGUCCUCGGGAUGGGGUCCCGGCCCCCGGGCUCGGUGCUAGUGGGGCUCCUCCUCCUGACGAGCACCCCAAGGCUGCUGUGGGCCUGCAUGGUUUUCGUCCCUCCUUCCAUCCGCAUGUCCAGCCCUGAAGUCAGCGCGACCCUGCUCGGAGGAGGCCCUGAGGACAUGACUGUGUCUCUAGUUUUGUUGCAGGACGACGAGGGGUGGCUGCCCGCACCAAGGUGUGGCUCGCAGAGCAAUGAGACAGGGAACUGGAGCGUGACCAUGACCCCCCUUAUGGGUGCGUUGGAGUUGACUGUGAGUUUGAGAAGACUCCCGGCGCGAUGCUCCUCUGAGGAGCCCAGUUUCUCUUCAGAGACCCCAUGCCUGGUCCAGACAGUUCUGGUUUCGGCCUGCAACACCUCCUGUGAAGCCCACCUCCUCAUUCAGGCAGAAAUCUUCGCCAGCUCCUCCCCUGCCCACAACGUGUCAGAGAAUGUGACGGUCAUUCCGAACCAGGUGUACCAGCCCCUGGGGCCCUGCCCUUGUAACCUGACCGCCAGGGCCUGUGAUAUCUGUUGCUGCUGUGACCAGGAGUGCUCGGAGGAACUGAAGGGCCUGUUCCGAGACUCCUGUUUCACCGGUGUCUUUGGUGGCAAUGUGACACCUCCCUCAGACCAGCUCUGCUCUGUGGAGCCAGCUCUCCCGGGCCCCGACUGGUUUCCCCUUCUGUGUGUGCAGUCACCCCCCGAAAAUUCGCCCUUCCUCGGCUACUUCUUCCACGGAACCCUUUCCCCAAGCCCUGGAUUUUCUGCCUUUGGAGUGUCUCUGCCAGCUGCCCCCAUACUCUUCUCAGACCUUGGAUACAGACAGGGAGACCCAGUCAGGACUGAGGAAGGUGCCUAUUUCACUAUUCCUCAGGCCUCCUCCGCAGGUCCCUGUCUGCAGCAGGCUCCGGUGGCCUUUCUCCAGAACCUCCUUGUCCGAUGCAUCAUUGACCUGGAAAUGCUUCAGCAGCGAGACAGGACUUCCAUUUUGAGAUUGCGGAUUCGGAGUGACCCCUCAGGAGGCUCCAUCACACCCAGCAUCAAGUACGAGGAGGCAGCGGACCUGGACAGCCUCAUCACCGGCUCAGGCCCACUUUUGGGGUCAGGCACGGCCCCUAGAAACGUGACUGUGGAGGAACAUUAUGUUUUUCGGUGGAACAAUAAUUCCAUCAGCGAGGUGAACGUCACAAUUAUUCAAGCCACAGUGCACGCCCAGCAGACAGGAACCCUGACACAGACGAUCAUAGUACAGUUUGUCAGCGACAACAUCAGCAAUGAACCAGAAACAUCAGGAAACCCAGGUUACCAGCUUGGCAGGCCUGUGCGAGCUCUGAAUGCUGAAGGGAUCAGUAAUGUAACAACACUACAUCUUUGGCAGCCAGUCAGAGGGGGUCUGUGUGCAGAAGCAAGCCUCAAACCCAUCCUAUUUGGAGAGAAUGUGCAGUCUGGUUGUGUCCUGCCAGUGGGCAUCCUGCAAGCCAUGAACUGUACCCAGCUGAGAGAAGUGGCCGCGGAACAACUUCAGUCUUUAAUCCGAGCAACCCAUGUGGCCAUGAGAGGCAACUCCGAUGUCCGGGACCUGAGUGACGGCUGGUUAGGGAUUAUUGGCGAAGGUCCAUCUGUGAGUAAUUCCAGUAGCUGCAGUGGCAUCUGCCGGGACGUCCCUGCUCAGCUGCGAAUCCGUGUCCUGGUGUCGGAUGCUGGGGCCGUGGAAGGAGUCCCACAGUGGGUCAUCCUUGGCGUGGACAGCAGGUUCUUCUACGUGGACUGGCAGUUCCCGUGUGGACUCACUUGUGAGGAUCAGGCUGAGUUCUUCCCGCUCGGAGCAUCUGUGCACUUCAUUGAGGUCCCUGCCCAGUUACCCCAUCCACUCACGAGGUACCGGAUAAAUUUCACCGAGUACGACUGUGACAGAAAUGAUGUGUGUUGGCCACAACUUGUCUAUCCUCUCACCCGACACUAUCACGGAGAGCCUUAUUCUCAGUGCCUUGCCAAGAGCCUGCUGCUGCUGGCUUUCCUGAUGUCGGCGCUGCUCCUGAGUGACCCCUGUGUCCGAAUCUGCAGAGCCAGGAAACCCCCUGCUGCCUGCCUCAGUCGGCUUUGAAUACACGGAAAGCUUUAUUUUUGUAGAAAAGCUCAUGAGACCUGAGAGCUCCACGCACAGGCUGCCCACUCGAGCUCACGGAAAUGCAGUGUG